ACAAACCGAAAAGUUGAAAACAUAAAAGCAUGGAUGGAAGAGCAUUUGAAAACAAAUUCUCUGUAUACGACGGGAAGUCCCUUGUCGGUGACGACGGAAAGUUAUUGAUAAGUCAACAAGAGCUGCUACGGCCACACAUAGAAAGAUUGCUACAGAAAUUGUACAGAGGGUUAGACGAUGAUACAGAUGCAAACUACACCUUGUAUACCGGUAUGGGAGGCAUUUCAUAUCUUCAUUGGCACAUGUACAAUAAACUUGGAAAAGAUACACAGUACCUGGAACGUGCAUACAGCCAUAUUAAGCAUCAUCUGCGACACCUUAAAGGUCGGAGAGUGACGUUUCUGUGUGGUGAUGCAGGGCCUCUAGCUUUAGGUGCUGUGGUUUGCAGUGAGAUGGGCAAAGCUGACAAAGCACAAGAGCUGAUAAAAAGAUUGGAGGCUAUGCAUGAUGGUGUGUGUUCAGACCGUAACCUUCCUGAUGAAAUCCUUUUUGGUCGAUGUGGUUAUCUGUUUGCUCUUCUGUUUGUCCAGCGCCACCUAGGAGAUGACAAGAUAGAUAAUUCUGUCAUUUACAAGGUUUUCCAGUCAGUGAUAGACAGAGGGCGAGGGUUGUCGAGGAAGGAGGGGUUCAGUCACCCUCUCAUGUAUCAGUGGCAUGAUAAGUACUAUUUAGGAGCAGCUCAUGGUCUAGCAGGUAUCCUCACCACUCUGAUGCAGGUUACUGAUCCCACAGGGAAGUACAAGGCCCUGAUCACAGAUUUUGUGAAGCCUAGUGUGGAUUAUAUGCUGGGUUUAAGGUUCCCAUCUGGAAAUGGUCCAUCGUCCCUGGAAAGUGAAAAUGGAGACAAGCUGAUACACUGGUGUCAUGGAGCACCAGGCUGGAUCUAUCUGUUUGUAUCGGCUUAUAAGGCAUUUGGUGAUUCCAAGUAUCUGGAGGCAGCCAAGAAAUGUACUGAUGUGAUAUGGGAACGUGGGAUUCUAAAAAAAGGCUAUGGAAUCUGCCAUGGUACGGCAGGUAACGCCUACGCUUUUCUAACGUUGUACAAGCUGACUAGCAACCAGGAAUAUCUCUACAAGGCAUACAAGUUUGCAGAGUGGUGCUGUGACUAUGGUAGACAUGGUUGUCGCACACCUGACACUCCAUACUCACUAUUUGAAGGUAUGGCAGGCACUAUAUACUUCCUUAUUGAUAUACUGGAUCCUUCUAAUGCUAAAUUUCCAGCGUUUGAACUGUGAGCAUCUGGAGGACGUACAUUAGCACCUUCUUAUAGAUUUAAGCUUGUCAACUUCCUAACACAUUUGAUAAUAUUCGUACAACUAAUGCAUGUACCCAAGGUAUCUGCCAAGUAGAUUCACUUCUUGACAUUUAGAGAUACAGUCCCGAAUCCUGAAACAAUUCUCCUAUAAAUGAAAGUAGUGAAUUGCCAGGAUUUUGAUGAAUUGUGAAAUGAUUGACAUUAAAAAUGUGUCCCAACUUUUUAAUGUUCCUGAAUUGCAUUUGAAAAGAUUGACUUUCCAGUUUAUUUGUAUAAUCAGCAAAAUGGAAGUUUAUCUUUCAUGUUUGUCAUCUUCUAUGUGCUACGUUCGUUGCUUGUUUGGAAGGGAGGCUUUCCAUGACUUAUCUAUAUUGUGCCAUUGUGAUAAAGACAAUAUUCCAUGUGUAUUUUAUAUGUAUGCUUUCGUAUGCCCCUUUGAAUGAUUGAAGGGAGACAUUGAUUUAAUAUUUGUUCAUUUUGUUCUGUUUCUUAGUUCUUAUUUAGGAUACUGAUAAUUUCUUGUUUGAAACCUUUAUAAAGGUUCCUUGUUCCUUUUUGUAAUUUGCUGUACAUCUUUAUUACAAGAAGAUGUGCAGUGAACUGCUGUUAGGUCACUAACCUUGCCUUCAAGGUCAAAGGUCAAAUGAGCAUGAUUUUUUUCAAUAAUUUCUUGUCUGGGCAAUAACAUUUAAAAAUGUUAAAGAUUUCCUAUUGAAAAUUGAGGUAUACCUUGGUUACCUAUAGCCGAUGUGCAGUUUAUGGUCAUUAGGUAACUAUGACCUUGACCUCAAGGUCAAAGGUCAGAAUAUUCGUUCAAGCCAUGACAUAACUUAGAACCCUUUCAAACUCCAACUGAAGUGUUUUAGUUUUUUUCAGAGAUUUCAAUAAACAGUGUAAAAAAUAUUGAUUAGCUGAUAUCAUUUAUGAUGUGUCAGCAUAGUGCUUUUUUUCAUUCUGUAUGUAUUUGACAUUUGAACCAAUAAUCGUUUUAUUUAAAAAGAAUACAUAAACACCAGCUCAUUGAGAGAGGAUAAAUCAAAAUCAUCCAAUAUGUACAA